AUGUCAAAUACAAAUACAGAUACAGAUACGGAUACAGAUACAGAUACAACAAUGGACGAAUUUGAGUUCAGGAUGCAAAUUCACGGUCCGUUUGACGAUUUGCUCACAGGAACCGCAUUAAAUCAAGACCAUCAAACACCGCCAUUUGCUGACAAAGAUAUGUCCUUCACUCCUCAAUCAGAUAUGUUAUUGGUCACCACACCCCUGGGAUCAUUAGAUGUCAACCAACAAGGACCAUUACCAAACGAUCAGUUUAUACCGGUUGGCAUUUUCCCACAGAUAUCAAUAGACAACAUUUAUCAAGAUAGUGGGAUGGAACCAACCAGCGCUUAUCAAGACAACCAAAUGGCAUUCGCUGGCUGCUAUCAAGACUCCCGUUUGUUAGGCACCGAUCUAGUUAGCCAAGCCCCAUUGGCCCCUUACCAAGAUAAUGAAGUUCAGACCCCAGAAAUUAAGGUUACAAAAGCAUUAAGAUGGUUUAAACUAAUAGUGGAUGCACAAUGUUUUUAUGGCAUCGAUCCAAAUGAACAGUUUCCAAAACCCACUUUAGAGACGAUCUGUUCCUUGAUCAAGCAAUUUGAAGAUUUCCAGCUUCUAUUAGAAUCCUCAAAAGCUUUUAUUAGUGAGGAAUCUUAUAAAAGCAGAAAAACCAGAAAUGAGAAUAUUCUUUUGGCCAAGAUACUUGUUAAUCUCAAGGCUCUCAAGCCAGCACCUCUUGACAGCCCAACCAGAGAGUCUAUAAAAAAGGAAUUGAUAGAGCUGAGAGCCACCACCCCACAAUUGGCCACCACUGUUAAAAGGGAGAUAGCCAAAAAAUAUAAUAUUUCUUUGAGUGUUGUUCUCAAUUUAUACAAGAAUACCUUUAAUACAAGCAGAAAAGCCAAUCCCCAAAAUGCUCCGAAAGCCGUCAAAGUAUUGAAUAAAUAA